AUGACGAGUUCGAAUCCAUUUUUUCACGGUAGCGAUGCUCUGGAUGUCUAUUUCGCUGAAUCCCCCCCAAAUACUUGGUCGUAUACCGACUUUCUCCUCGCGAAUAGGAACGCCAUCGUCAACUCAUCGCCCUAUACGGACGACUGGAGAGGACUAGACGGUGCAUGGGUUAAACGUUUUCUAAAAAAGGUUGAGCAAUUUGCGUCGAAGGAAGAAUAUGAGCAGGCGAAGCUCGGCGACAACCGCCGCCUAUUUUGGGAGCCGAUUAUCACUGAACGCAAGCAGAUUAUCGUCAAGAACUUGUAUGAAUACGAGAGUUUGAAUUUGCUUGAAAUAUCGGGAAAUGUGAGUUCAAAAAAACUUGGGCAUAAACUUGCAUCAGAACUCCCCACUAUCAUCGACAGUAAGCAACAAGUUCUGAACAUUAUGGAAGAAGGUAUUUCUUUGAAGACAUUGCUCAAAUUGUCUAUUACAUGCAUGUUAAAUACUCAAUGUUUCAAACUCAAGUAUUUCCAAGAGUUUAUCCCACUUUUUGAACAAUACAAAGAACAACAGAAAUCCAAUAUUUGUACCAAUGAUGAUGUUAUGGAUAUCCAAGGUGACAGUGGUUUUGCAAGAUUUUUGACAGUCAACCAAUAUACAAAAGUACUUUCUGAUUCAACAACCAAAGACAGGCAAAAGAGAACCCUUACUGAUUGGAUUCAUGUAACUAAUUCACUAGUGGAAGUCAAGGAUGGAGAUACAGAGGAUGUAACAAG